AUGCUGUGAGCGUUUUUCAGAAAAACUAUUUUGUGCGAAUUCAGCGGGAACGAGUGAGAUUUUUAGGUCAAAAGUUGGCAAAAAUGACACCCUUUUGCCAAUUUUGGCACGAGAGUUUCAUACGAGAGUAUGAUGUUACCACAAAAAAUCAAUCUUUCCCGUACGAAACUGGCUAAGGUAAUAAUAUUAUUAUUUUAUUAUGGCUCAAAAGUGUUUUUCUCUGUGACCGCUCUCCGCGUUUCAUGUACUCCCUCGACUGCGCCUUCAUUCGUAGUCACGAUGACGAAUUUUCUGGAAGUUUCCGGAAUGUUCACAUUUCGUAAUUUCCGUGAUCAAAUGUCGAAAUUCAGCUUAUUGUAUAUCCCACUUACUACUCUAAUUCCCGCCCAUUUGCAUCUCUGAUUGUUAGAGUUGGUCUACGUCGAUCUUGGCCCGGGACGGGUAUAAAUACGGAAAGUUUGGCGUGAGGAGUUCCUUUCUCGUCGUCUGGUGAGGGUUUGUUUUGUGUUUCAGAGGUUUGUUGUGUGAAUUGUUUUUAUUCAGAAGCAGGGAUAAGUGAAAAAUUUCUUUCCGAAGGUUAGUUACUGUUAAUUUAUACAUUUAUGUCUCUGUAAGUCGUUUUUGGUGUUUGUUUUUCAUAGAUUACCCUUAGUGUGUACCUAAAAAUAGUAGGGGUAAAUUGUUUGACGUAAGUGGACAAUAAUCUUAAUGGGUUCUCUGUAGAUGCGGCCAACCUUUGCGUGUUUUAAAGUUUGCACGUACGGGUUUAUCGCGCCUUUCGCAAAUCUCUUUCUCUAUGUGUCUCUAUUUCUCUGGCGCUUUCUCCUAGUUUCCCUCCCUUUCGAAAGCGAAAUUUCGGGAAGCUUUUUCUUUUCUCUCCGAAAGCGACCUUCCUCCUGCCAUAACGUUGUGCUGCAAUAUUAUUUGAAGAAUCGCCAAGUUUUAUUCGACUUUAUCAACAAGGUACGUUUCGCUUUAAGUUUUGUUUCAGAUAAUGGGCAACAAUCAGAAACAGUUUCCAGGUAAUCUGGAACCGCGUCAUGAUCAAGACCGCUUGGGCAAUAGCCCUCCUGUCCAUGGAGAUGUGCAGAAUCGAAAAAUGACGGAGAAAGAAGGGUCUGGAUCCAGCCUCGAAAGUGCGGUGUCCUCCAAUAACAGUCAGAAGUCGGAAUCCAGUGGAGAUGGAAAGUCGAAACACCGGAAAUCUCCUCAAUCAAAGACUGGAAGCAAUCGGAUGGUGGUGAGAAGUCUUAUUCUGUCCGAAUAUUUGGCUGGUCGUCGUCCAUCGGAAGCCGUUGAGAACGUUCGUGCCAGAAGUACGAGAAAAAAUUUGGGAUACGACACUGUUCGUGCAUGGUAUAAGAAGUUCGAUGAAGGUGACACCAAUUUGUCCGACGAACCACGGUCUGGCAGGCCUGUUCAGAUUGAUAUUCAGAAGGUGGGGAUUCCAUUUUUUUUGUUAAGCUUGAGUUAGCCUGGUGUUUUUUGUUAGUAAAUUAGGUUUUUUUGAAUUUGACUGUUAGUUUUACACUCGUUCUAAUUUAGCUAUGAUGAAGAAGACGCACCAACAAAGCCAGGCCAGAUGUUUGUUUUAGACAGGUAAUUUUUAUAGAACCUAAUCUUACGGAAGGUUCUUUAGGUCAAGAGCUACAUUACGGAAGAUCCACAGCGCUCUACUCGGGAGCUGGCUGAGUACAUGA